AUGGACUUCAGUGGCCACAUGGAUCCACACCACUUGCCAGAUGGAUGGACUUGGGAACGUUUCCAGGUGGUGCAGUUGAAGCCGUAUCUUCAGCCGGGUACCACAGUGGCCCUCCGUUGUCCACAUCACGGCCGGUACCUUCUGAUGUAUCCUGGUGCUCCACAGGCCCUUCUGUUGGAGAAGGAGAACCACACUCAGAGCCACGCUCAGAACGCCACGUUCCCUUUCGGAGGAUUCGGAGGAUUCGGAGGACUCUUUGGCGGAGGUCCAUCUUCUUUCGAUCCCUUCGGAGCAAUAAAGAGGGCUCAAGAGGAACUAGCUCGGAGGCAACAGGAAGAGGCCGAGGAACGUGCCCGUCAAGCCGCGCUCAGAGGCACUAUAGGCCGUAGCGCACCCCACGGCGUUGACAAUUUCCCAGAUUCCUGGACCUACGAGCGCUUCACGGUUAUUGAUGCCGGCAACGGGCAGGUGGCCUUCCAUAACAGCCUCCACAACCGAUACCUGAAGAUGGACGGCCCCCGAAUGCUAGUCAGCUCCCCCAUGGCUCCCGAUGCUUACCCCUCCGGAUGGACUUGGGAACGCUUCUCGGUGAUUCCUGCUGGUGACGGCAACUGGAAGAGGAUGACGACUGACAAGGCGGACGCCAGUAGCCACAUGAACCCGCAGGACUUGCCGGGCGGUUGGACAUGGGAGCGUUUCCAGAUUGUGCCCGUGAGGCCCUACUUGCAGCCCGGCACCGUGGUGGCCCUGCACUGUGGCAUCCACAACCGCUACGUCACGAUGAACGGGGCUGAGCUCCGGCGGAGCGAGGUGAGGAACCUCAACGACUUGCCUUCCAAUUGGGUUUGGGAGCGCUUCACCGUGGUGGACGCCGGAAAUGGCCAGGUCGCGUUCCACAACGCGGCCCACAACCGCUUCAUUCAAAUGAGGGGUGCAACGAUGGGAAGCUCCGAUCCCCAUGGCGUGUCGGAUUUCCAGAGCGGAUGGCAGUGGGAGCGCUUCACGGUGGUGCCCGCCGACCACGGCCAGUUUGUGUUCCACAACACCCAUCACAAUCGCCUGAUUCGCAUGUCCUCCCACAACAUGGACAGCAGCAGCCACAUGGCGAUUCAGGACCUGCCCUCCGGAUGGACCUGGGAACGCUUCCGCGUCGUACCUCUUUCCGAAUCCAGUGAAACAGCCGCCAACAUCCGUGCGACGUUUGACUGA